UUCUUACUUUCGCUUCGAUACCAUACCCGUCAGCCAAAAAUUAUCACCAAAAAUCCUGAAAGGUCACUUCCAACGCCCUAUUGCGCGCGUCUACGCGCCUUUGUUUCAACACCCUUGUCAGCGUCAUGACUGCCUAGAUACUGCUUACCUAGCCGUCGAAGAAUCCAAAUUGUGAGCUCAGAUCUCGGACACUACUACCUAGCUGCCUGCAUGUGCAACCCGUGAAGUUUGUUUCUAACACUCCAGAUUUAGCAUCCCCCUGUGUUCAUUGAGCAACGUCACCAUGGAUUUUCGACCUUGGAACCCUGCGCCCGACGAUCCACAGCCCACCACCCUCACCAUGGCUUCCUUCCCCCGCAAUCGACAUCGAGGUCUCUCGGUAGGAGCUGGACGGAAUCUUGAACGUCGGUCUGAGAGUUGUCUCAGCUCCCUCGGGAACAAAGAUACCGCGUGUUCAGGGUUCAAGCCAGUGCUUCAAAGAAGCGCUUACCUGGACGGUCCACUUUCCAAAGGUCGAGGUCUCGAGUUCGAACGCCAACCUCUUUGGUUUUCUGGAUUGCCGCGAACACACCCGACCUGGUGGUCAACCCCCGCCCAGAUAUGCGCUCCCAUAAUGGUGGGUCGUCACGACCCAACACCACACCUACUUCUCUCAAGCACAGAGAGCACUCAAUCCUGGGCAUCCCGGACUCCUGUUCAACGCACCUCCCACGACUUCUGCUAUGUCAAGAUGAAACCACGGCAUGAAAUUGCGACUCGGCAGACUCGUCAAGAAUAUCAUUUUUGGGGUCUCGGAGGAGACAAUUCUUCCCUUCGACUACUAGUUGAAGAUCCAUUUUGCGGUUCUCCACAUCAGCGUUUGGAUGGAGGCAACGAGUUGGACACGGCGACCUCAACAGGAUCAGUCCUGUUUUGCUCGCCGCCACCAAUCAACAACGCUCAUCAAUCGCAACUGCAACCAACCGAAACCAAACAAUUUCAACCCCACCAAAUAGCAUCUCCAGCUCACGGCACAUCAACCGUGAGUUGGGUCUUCACGAUGUCCACCAACGCUUACUCCCCCCAACCCCACUCCCCCUGCGUCCCAUCUGAGGAACAGGGGGAGUGGGUGUGGGUUCCGAAGACGGCCAUGCCUUCUCCUCAGGCUGGUCAGCUCGACUACCAAUUCACCACCACACCACUCUUUACACCCGCCUUCGGCGACUCCUCCGUUUCACCCAGCACACUCUCCGCCGACCCGUGGGACUCGUUGAUGAUGACAGGUCAAGUGGAUAACACAUUGUUUACUUCGCCCUCGUCCUCCAUGAUUAACGAGUUUGGUACCCCUUUCACAGGCAGCCCUGCUGAAGCCCUUCUCGAAGACUUUGGCCAUGUGAGCCGGUCGGAUCUCUGUCCCGAAGUUGUUCUGCCCCUUCAGGACUUCCUUACGGACGAUCUCCUCACCCCCUUUAUGGACGCUACGCUCUUCCCUGCUGUCGAUAUGAACUUGAACCUGAACACCUUCGUGCCUGAUGUUACAACGCCUUUUUCUCACUUCGGCGUCGCCCUCAGCCCCACGUCGUCUGUUCACGAGAGCUCUCCGACAUUCAGCUACAGCCCUCCCAUUUUCGACUCACCCUUUCCGGCUACCACUGGGGCUUCUCCCGAUAUCACCUCUCCCUCUACUCCUCACAUCCACUCGUGCUCCGAGUCCAACUGCUCCAAGACCUUUGACAAAGUGUCUGAUCUCAAGAGACACGAACGUAAACACCGCCAGCCAUUCCGAUGCGAGCUCUGUGGCAAGGGACACCUUGACAAGCGCGCGCUUGGUCGGCACUUGUGGGCGAAACACCCCGAGUACGCUCAGCAACACAACACCAGGUCGGAGCGGAUAAGGUGCACCGAGUGCGACUACGAGGGGAGGGCAGAUAAUGUUGCCCGACACUCGAAGCGACAUGCCAAGAAGCGGUAGGGGGUUGAAGUGGUGUGUGAGCGCAUGUGUGUGUGUGUCAUGAUACCCGUGAAGUCUUCUCCUUUUGUGUUUUCUUACCUCUUUUUGUUUCAGCGUGCAUAUAUUGUUUUGGAGUUUUUUGGAAUUUGGAGAGAAGGAUAAGGCCCGUGGUGAGUUAGGGUUUCUCUGGGUGGCUUAGAUGAUUGCGGUGGAUAGGGACUUGGGUCAGUCUUUUUUGAAGCCAGUAGCGAUGUCUCUUUACUUGCACAAUAAAAUCAGUAAAAAUUUA